AUGCUUGCGGGCCCAGAGAGCAAACCAUUGGACCAUCGGCUGUCUGCGUCCGAUGAGGUACAUGCAUCUUUGAGUGGUGUGGGGAGGGGCAUAUCCGCAGUCUACACCUGCGCAAUGAGCAGCGGCGAGGGCAUAAUAAACAACUACAGCCAGGUGGCACCAUUGGGACCAUCAUCUUCGUCUGUAGACUGCUUCCACGUUAGCAGCUCUAGCAGCUCUCCCAACAGGAUACAGAUGAACGGGACAGUUGGACAACAACAGAGCGGAGGCUGGAAAGUCGAGCAGUCGCAGCCAAUGAAGACAGAUCGGUACGUUUCUACACUCGAGGAGUCCCACUACACCCACACUGCCAGCACCAGUAGCAGAAUCAGUUCCAAGGUGGUUUAUGUGGGUACCCCGUUGACACCAUAUACCAACAGCCAAGGCGGGCCAUUGACUUCAGGAGCGCCACCAGUGAGCUCCUGCUCUAGGGCUGGAGCAUUCUCCGUUGUUGCGUCCACUGAUUACGGCAAUACUAAUAACGCCACUUGUACAUCAUCGAUUAUGGGUGAAGGCUCUCCCCCAACUGGGGUACCGCGUCAAUUGAUGAAUAUCAACAUUGGUGGAUCUACAGGUGGUGGUGGUGGUGCUUCUGCUUCUGCUUCUGCACCAGGCAGCAACUCGUUGCGCAUGAGCAACUCUAUGGAGGUGGCUUCAUGGUCGCCGCAAGGCACACCCACCGUGCCCGGCGCCCCGCCUCUUAUUUUUGCUAACUAUGACGGUGUUGUUCGGCUCAGGACACACCCGCUGCGUUUCAAGAUGUUGCCAUCACCUGUACCGUAUGACAUUGUCUUCGCGGGGUGCCCCAACGACCCUCCGUCGAAGCGACUCGCACAUUACCAGGCAAUUAUGUUACGUUGGUAUCAACACAUUGUGGUGGCACAGGAAAAUGUUCGUGCUCGCAUUCGUCAGCGCUGCCCCCCGCCGCCUGAAAGCAUCCAGAAGCUGGGAGUACCACCCGAUGCGACGGAGCUGCAGAAUUGGUCCACGCAGUGCUGUCGCUGGUGGGAUGAGACAUCGCGGAAGCGGACGCGUCGUGGUCACCGCGGCGGAAAAACCCCAACGGGUGGAAAUGGUUCGAGGGUAUCCCCUCAGCAGCAGCAG